AUGGAAGACUUUGUGCCCUCAUUGAAUAGUUUAGUCAAAUAUUCAACACCUGUUUUAGUAUCUGUGGCUGGAAAAAACACUGGUAAAUUGGAAUAAUAACAUUUAGGAGAAAAAAAAGAUGCCUAAGCUAAGCAAUAAGUCAGAGUCAAUAGUCCUGGAAGAGUACAAAUUUUAACAAAUUAUGACAGCAAGAGAAGAUGAUAACUUAAGAGAUUUUAUAAUAAAAUCUACCACCUAAGGAAUACAGAUUGAAGAAUGGUCAAUUAUGGGUGCAAACUGUUUUAUCUACUCCUGCAACUAGAAUUGAAGUUGUCUAAUUAUAACAAGAGUUAGACAAAAGGUUAUUAUCAAGAGGAGCCAGAGAAACUGGAAUUUGCCCAAUAAGAGAAGAGUUAUACGAAUAGUGCUUUGAUGAAUUGAUUCGAUAGAUUACAAUUGAUUGCAGUUAAAGAGGAUUACUAUUGGUGAAGUAUGAAUUAACAUUUAAUGCUUUUUGAGUUCGAAACGAAUUCCGAAAUUAAUUGAAUUCCUACAAAACCUUAUAUGAAAGUUCCAUUGCAUAU